AUGGAAGGGGACCGCGCGGGAGGACCCGAGGCCGCGGAUCUGCGCCGCGACAUGGCGGCGGCGCGGGCGGCCUGCGAGCGGCGGAUCGCGCAUGGCCGCGAGCGCACCGCGGCGGCCGCCUCCGCCUUCCGCGGCGCCAUCCUCUCCGCCCGCUCGCUCGCCGAGCACAGCGUCGCGCACCGAGAAAAGCUCAACGCUCUCAAGGGCCAGCUCAGGGGACUGGAGGCAGGUCUGGCAGAAGCUCUGUCCACCCAGCUGAAGAAAGAAUCAGAAUGUAAGCUCACCAGCGAGUCGAUCUCGAACGCCACUGCAACGAACGAGCAGCUCAGGGGCCUGCUCUUGGAUCAGAGGGCUAGGAGAGAUGAGUUUGCGAACGUCAUAUCACAUCAGCUCCAAGCUAUCGAAGCUCUUGAAGCUAAUGUUGAUGUGAUGGGGAAAAAGAACCUGGACGAAGCUAUUAUGUGGUACAAUAAAUUUCUUGGUUUUCGAGUUGUUGCAGGGGAAGGGGUUAAAUUUGUCUUCAGCAAAGUUGACAUGCAAAGUCCUGACGAUGAGUAUUCGUUUUGCAUAAAAGUCAAUAAAGACGAGUACAGCUUAAUUCAAUGUACUCCAUUACUGAAAGACACUGAAGAAUUGGUGAAGGAUUUGAACUGCACUAAUGAUCUCUUCAAGUUCGUUAGAAUCAUGAGAGCAAGAUUCCAAGCGGCUGCAAUCAAAGGGGUUCAUCCUGCAACUUCAUUGUGCACAAACACAUCGUCCACACCAAUUUCAUCCCCACCGGCUGCGUCAGUUGACACCACAAGCGAAGGCACCACCAAUCAAAGUCAUUCCCGAAGCCGGUCAAAGAAUCAAGAUCCGCGUGCAAAGAGAGGUGCCCCUCCCCGAUCAACAGCAUCUCCCCUUACAUCGGGAUCUGUCACCCGCCGCUCCCCACGCUUUGCUGCCGCUGAUGCAGGGAAUAGGCAUUAA